AUGGCAUUGCGGUUUGAGGCCCUGCACCCAGAGGGAAUCUGUCCUGGAUGGAGCAUCGUGGUCAAGGGUGAGACCAGCUCCAGUUCCAGCAUGUUUGAGAUUAAUUUGCUCUGUGAUUCCGGAGACCAAAUCGCUCUCCACUUUAACCCUCGCCUCUCCAGCUCCAGAAUUGUCUGCAACUCCUUCCUCAACAGCCACUGGGGGCAGGAAGAGGUCAACAGCAUCUUCCCCUUCAGAGCAAAGGAGCCCUUUCAGGUUGAAAUCUACUCUGACCAGGACUAUUUCCAUGUUUUCAUCAAUGAAAACAAAGUCCUGCAGUACAAGCAUCGGCAGAAGAAUCUUUCAUCCAUCACCAAGCUGCAGAUUCUCGAUGAUAUUGACAUUUCUUCAGUGGAAAUCACCAAACGAGGUCUUUACUAG